UCCACUUCUGCUUACUACUCCACAGCAUUGCUUCUCUCUCGUCACGUCGACUCCCUUCCCUGCUCGCGCCCUGUGAAGCCACCGGCCAGAGACCUUCGAUAGCCAUAGCUACUCCUUCACAGUCCACCCAGGAUGUAGCUGCUGCUGGUAGACAUACAUGUAUAUGCAACAUGUGGUCUGUAUGUCUACCAAUGAUUUGCAGGAGGAAACUUAUAAACAGAACCACAAAUGUUCAUCUAUGUUUUCAUCUCAUUUCUGCCAAUCUAUUAACAGGAAAAAGAUAUAUCAGUCAUUCAGUUGAUUCAUCUCUAAAAUCCAAUAACAAUGGAAACAACAGUAACAUUGACACAAUGUCAUUAGCAAGCAACUUAGCCUGUUUGGUUGAAGAGUCUUCUUUGGUUAAUGAAAGAAAACCAAGAACCCGUUUAGAGUUGAAAAGGUUUCUAGAAUCCCGCAUAAAGAAAUCCGUAAAAGAUCAAUUCAAAGAUGGAAAAUUUCAUAAUCUAAUUGAGAAAGUAAUUGCUAAUCCAUAUACCCUUCAAGAUGCUUAUGACAUUAUUAGGGUCAACUCAAACAUCAGUUUACUAUCAGAAUCUGAUGAUAUCAACUUUGACUCUCUAGCACAAGAAUUAUCUUCUGGAAAUUUUGAUAUCAAUUCCAAUGUCUAUUCCAUUUCAACAAAAGGAGCAAAAAAAGAAAAACAAAAAGAAAAACUCGUGCUUCCAAAUCUCAAAUUAACCAUCAUUCAAGAAGCCAUUAGAAUAGCUUUAGAAGUUGUUUACAAGCCUCAUUAUUCCAAGAUUUCACACGGGUGUCGAAGUGGAAGAGGACACUCAUCAGCUCUGAAGUACAUCCGUAAACAAGUCUCCAAUUCCAAUUGGUGGUUCACGGUGAUAGUCAACAAAAAAGUUGACGAUUCUACCCUUUCUAAGCUCAUAUCAACAAUGGAAACCAAGAUCCAAGAUCCCAAAUUGUAUUCUUUGAUUCACAGCAUGUUUGAUGUUGGAGUCUUGAAUAUGGAAUUUGGAGGCUUUGCAAAAGGCCAUGGUCUUCCACAAGAGGGUUUGUUAUCUCCAGUUUUAAUGAAUAUUUAUCUUGACCUCUUUGACCAUGAAAUUCUUAACUUGUCAAUGAAAUACGAAGCUCUUGAUAGUCAACACGACGGGUCAAAGUCAAAGUCAAAGCUACGUGGCUGGUUUAGAAGACAAAUGAGUCAACAAAACGAAGGAAAUACAUCAGGAGUUAGGAUACAUUGUUGUAGAUUAAUGGAUGAAAUUCUCAUUGUUAUAAAGGGUUCCAAAGAAGUGAGUUUGACUUUAAAGUCAGAGAUUGAAAACUUCAUUCGGGAAUUUCUACACUUAGAAGUCGACAAUAAGUCGGAUAUUUUUCCAUGUAAUGAUCCUCGAGGGGUUAAAUUCAGUGGCAAUAUUGUAAAAAAGAGCAUGAGAGAGAAUCCUGCAGUUAGAGCAGUUCAUAAGUUAAAGGAAAAAGUGGAGUUAUUUGCAUUACAAAAACAAGAAGCAUGGGAUGAAUGUAUGAUUAGAAUCGGGAAAAAAUGCUUAGGUCAUGGAUUCAAGAAAGUCAAAGAGUCAGAAAUCAAACAUCUUGCUGACUGUACCUCGGUUUUGAGCCAGGUGUCACGCUUUCGUAAACCCGGAAUGGAAACCGAUCAUUGGUAUAAAGUCUUACUAAAGAUCCGUAUGCAAGACAUGGAUUCGAAAUACACCGACACCGAAGAAUCCAUCUUAUCAAAGUUAAUUACCGAAAACGCCCUUCCCCAAGACCUAAAAGACUCGUUUUACACUUUCCAAAAUCACGUUAAAAACUACGUUUCUUCCGAGACCUCAUCCGUUCUUACCCUUCUCCCGGAAUCGGAAUCGGAAUCGGUUUCCAUUACCGAAGUUCUUGCCCCGAUAAAGGCUAUAAGAAUGUGUCUCCAAAGGUACGGAAUCACCAAUUCCGAAGGAAUCCCACGCGCGUGCCGUAUGCUUGUGUUACUAGACCACGAUCAUAUAAUCGAUUGGUUUUCCGGUUUAGUGUCGCGUUGGGUUAAAUGGUAUCGUUUAUGUGACAAUUUCAAUGAAGUGAAACAUAUUAUUAGUAUACAAAUUAGGAAAUCUUGCAUUCGUACAUUGGCUACAAAGUAUAGAUUACAUGAGACUGAAAUUGAGAAGAAAUUCGAUUCCGAUUUGAGUGGAAUCCCGUCAACCGAAGAGAUUGAAAACGAGAGAUUGGAAUAUGAUGAGAGAUUGGAAUGUGAUGAGGGAUUGAUGUAUGGGAUUCCUUAUAGUGGUUUGUGUUUAGUGUCUUUAGCAAGAAUUGUGAGUGAAUCUAGACCAUGUGGUUGUUUUGUUUUGGGGUGUAGGGUGGAUGCACCAUGUGUUUAUACAAUCCAUGUAAUGCAAAGACAAAAGUUUCCUGUUUGGAAAACGGGAUUUUCGACUUGUAUUCAUCCGAGUAUAAACGGGAGGCGAAUUGGGUUGUGUAAGCAGCAUUUGAAGGAUUUGUUUAUUGGUCGAAUAUCUCUUCAAUCUGUUUCUUUUGGUGCAUGGAAAUGAAUUAGUUCAUCCUAAUUGUAUUUUCAAUUUUGUUGUUAUUGGGACAUUAUUAUGCAUAUGAAAGUUUCAGUGAAAAUUGAUUUUUUGUAUUUGGAUGAGAAUCAUGAGAUUGCUAAAAUUGUAAUUGAUUAAACAG